CAAAAUCAAUUACUCGCGCUAGUUAGUGAGUAGUGACUGACAUUCAUCAUCUUCGAAAAAUCGCAAUGGAUCUUCCCAACAACCCUCCCACAACAACAGUGGGUCUAUCAGAGACUUUCGCUAGGUUAAAGUCACAACGCAAAGUGGCUCUGAUUCCAUAUAUCACAGCUGGUGAUCCAGAUCUUUCCACAACAGCUAAAGCUCUCAAAGUGCUCGGCUCCUGUGGCUCCGACAUUAUCGAACUCGGUGUUCCUUACUCUGACCCUUUAGCCGAUGGUCCAGCAAUCCAGGCUGCUGCGAGACGUUCUUUGCUUAAAGGAACCAACUUUAACUCCAUUAUCUCCAUGCUUAAAGAGGUUAUUCCUCAGUUAUCUUGUCCUAUUGCACUGUUUACGUAUUACAACCCUAUUCUAAGGCGAGGGAUCGAGAACUACAUGACGAUCAUCAAGGAUGCUGGAGUUCAUGGGCUUCUUGUCCCUGAUGUUCCACUCGAAGAGACUGAGACUCUGCGGAAGGAAGCUCAAAAGCAUCAGAUUGAACUUGUACUACUCACAACACCCACAACCCCGAAAGAACGAAUGAAUGCCAUUGUUGAAGCAUCCCAAGGAUUCAUCUAUCUUGUAAGUUCAGUAGGAGUAACUGGUACGAGAGAGUCUGUUAACGAACACGUUCAGUCUCUUCUACAACAGAUCAAAGAGGCUACAAGCAAGCCAGUCGCUGUUGGAUUUGGCAUAUCCAAACCUGAGCAUGUGAAACAGGUAGCUGAGUGGGGAGCUGAUGGAGUCAUUGUAGGAAGCGCAAUGGUAAAGAUAUUGGGAGAGGCUGAGUCACCUGAGCAAGGACUUAAGGAGCUUGAAGUCUUCACUAAGUCUUUAAAGUCUGCUCUUGACUCUUGAAUACAAACACCAAUGGCAAUCUUCUAUUAUUUCAAUCCAAAAGGAAUCGGAUGGUGUUACCAUUGAUUCUCAAUAAUAUAACAAUUAUCUCCAAAUAAAAAUCAAGAGUUAUACAUUUAUUGAAA